CUGAGUCGUUUUUAAAGCCGAGGGAGCGGCGGGCUCUCGGUCUCGGGGCUAGGGUGCGUGCCGUGGCACCCGGCCGCAGGCCUUCCCCCCCCCUGCCCUGCCCUGCCCUGCCCUGCCUUCGCCGCUCCGCGCUUCCGCCGCCCGCUCCCGGGGACGCCGGUUCCUCUCGGCGGCGCUCCGCCAGGCUAAAGGAGCGGGACGGGACAGCGCUGAGCGGCUCUCGGUGCCCUCGGAAGGGCUCGGGUGGCCGCCCCCGGCGCUGCCGGGACGGCCGCGGAAGCGGAGGGCGGACAGAAGCGUGCGGCUGAGCCGAAUGCCGGCCGGGUGCGGCUGGGACGGCCCAGCUCUCCGCUAAUCGGCGUCGUCCCCCGAGCCUGGGAGAGCCGCCGCCGCUCCGAGCUCUACGCGUGGUGGCUGCCGAGAUUGCCUCGACAGGUUUCCAGUUCCUAAGACGAUGGCGGUGUAACUUUUAUAAAUAUUUCCAUUGAAAAAAAACCUGUUUUGAAAGCAGAAGUACAUAGAGAAGUACUUGUGUCUGGAUGGCAUCUGUGUUCUCACGUGAACCUGGAAGAGAUCUCUUAACUUGACCAUCCUUUCAGUGAUGAAACGACAUUGGGAGUUAUGGACAAAAACAUUGGAGAGCAACUUAACAAAGCUUAUGAAGCCUAUCGGCAAGCAUGCAUGGACAGGGACCAUGCUGUGAAAGAACUGCAGCAAAAAACAGAGAACUACAUGCAGCAAAUAUGUGAACAGCAGGAACAGAUAGAGCUUCAAAACAGCAUUAUUGCAAAACUGAAUUCACAGUUAGCUGCUCUGAAUGCUAAUAGAGGUAAUGUGCAGCCCUACAUUCUGAGGCAUGAAGACAUUGAAACCUCCAACUUAUCUUUUAGCCAGCUCUCUGAAAAACUGAACGUAGCAAAGCGAAGAGAAAGACUCUUAAAGGAACAGUUAGAAAAUGAGAGCAUGAAGGUGAAGCAACUUGAGGACAGAAACAGUCAAAAGGAAAGGAAGCUUAUGUCUAUUAUUUCCAACCAAGAAGAUAAAAUACGAACUCUGAAAAACAAAUUGAAAGAAUUGAAUGAUGUCCAAAAGGGUACACAGAUGCCAACAUACAAAAUAGAGGUGAAAAGUAAGAAAGUUGUUCCAGAUAAGCCUGAAUUAUCUAUAGGGAUUUCUGGUAUUUCACCUUUGCCUGAAAGGGAGAAUCUGGAGACUAUUUUUCAGGAGAUGAAAGAAGAGUGUCAUCGAAUAUGUAUGCUAGCCAGAGAACAAACAGACCAACUGAGUAAAUUUAAAAUAAAGCCAGAACCUGAAACUGAAAUACAGUUUUCCAUGCCAAUACAGUGUACUGAUAAAACUGAUGAACAAGCAGAAGAGCUUUUUAAGCCUCGGGUUAUACAGGAUAUAAAUAGAGGUGCAUCAUGCAUCACAUCUAUCACACCAAGAGGAGUGGGCCAAGAUGAGGACAACAACUCUGUAGAAUCACUUUCUAAAUUUAAUGUCAAGUUUCCACCUACAGACAAUGACUCUGCUUUCUUGCAGAGCACUCAGGAAAAAGUAACAGUUCCUUGCUCUGGUAUAGCUGAAAACAUGCUUCAAGAUCAUCAUUUUAACCGGGAGCACAGAGACCGUGCUGUUAACCUCAGUAAAUUGGAACCUAACUCAUUUGAAGCUCAUGGAGUUGAUCUCGUGACCUCAGCUUUACAAAGCUUAACUACUGUUGACAAAACAAACCCUCCAAAUCAUGCAAACACGCCCAUAGAAAAUACUCGUGACAAAACAUGCUUGAAAACAGCAGACACUGCUUUCACGUUUAUAUCUAAGCACGCAAGCCAAGGUGCACCUGAAGUGAUUUUUCCUUCAUUAGAAGCUGCUGGAACAACCGUCAGAGGUCCUCAUCAGCUCAUUUGGCAGCCUCGGGACAGUGAUUUGCUGGCACAAACUUAUACAGACUCUGAACUGAAUCAGCGUGGAGUAUGUGAAUUCUGUCGAGAAGUUUUCCCCCCAUCUCUAACAUCUAAGGAAGAUUUUCUUCGGCAUCUGAAUUCCCACUUUAAAGUACAGUCUUAACAUAUGAGAAUUCAGUGGGUCACUGUUUUUUGCAUACAUUUGAGUUGUUUUAUUAUUACUGAAUAGAUUUGCUAAGAAUUUAAGAAUUAAGACUUCUUGUAACAAGAACUAAUUGAAAUUGUCAGAUAAGCACAUUUUUUUCAUUGUCGUUUGACGAGGUAAAAUGCAACUGUAAGACAGUACUGUAAUUUGCGUUACUGCUUGUCAUGCUUCAAUAUUGCCAUUGGGAUUGUAGUUAAAAGCUUUUUUUUUUCCCCAGUUAAUGUUUGCCUGCAUAGGCUUGAAGUCAUGAUUAUAUUUAUCAGUACAGAUUUGCAGGAUUAAGUCUUUAAUCUGGAAGAGAAAUUGAUGUACUGCUAGGAUUUCUUCUCAAUAACCAGUGAUAUGAUUCUCUAAUUGAAGGGAACACGAAGGAGAGGUAGGCUCUCAUUUUUAGUUUCUAUUAUAAAAUUUGUUAUAAAAAAUAACAAUUGUGUUAAUGUACCUUUCUGGCAUUAAUCAUUAGUUAAACUACUUUCAUGGAAAAUAUUAGUAUGAAGGAUGGAGUAAGAAAAGGCUGAAGUGUCCCAAAAGGUAAGAAUAUCAAAGAUGGAAAGGUUUAGUUUUCCUUCUGGUCUGCUAUGAAGGAUCGUUCAAGUCUGUUACAGCUUAGACAGGCCAGAGGAAAACCUAAGCACAGAAAUCUCAGUGACUUACUUCAGUUCUAACCUGAAUAUGCAGAAUGGUUUUCUCAAUGGAAUUUAAAUGCAUUUAGUUGAAACAUUGCAUUUUGAUAAAGUUUGCACAUUUUAUAGAUUUGUUGGGCUCAAAUUUAAAAGUCAUGGGUUUUUUAACUAAACAAUUUAUAUUAAUGAUACUGGGUGACUUAGAGCUUUUGGCAUUUGAACUGAGUGUAGUUUUUAGCCCUAAUUUUUUAUAAAAUUAGCAUUAAUAUUUUUAUAGCAGCAAAGUACAACACUUUUUAAAGAUUUGUUUGCAGGUGACCUUUUUCUGUGGGGAAAAAAAUACACCUGCAUAAUUUUUAGAAUGGGUUUUUCUGCAGUUAUUUGCUCUAUUUUAAAUAUCUCAUGUUUGUGACUGGCUGUCAACAGUGUGUACUGUAAUAAACAGCAGUGCACGCUGCACAUCUGCGUUGUGACCUGGAGAAAGACUUUGUUCCUGUUAGCAGCUCUCAGCCCCCACUGGUAGCAGUGCUGAGGGUCCGUUCAGCACCCAACUGCCUGUGUGGCUGUGAUGUAGCUUGCAGUACAACCAUGAGGCUGUUGGGGGGCAGAGCUUCCAGCGCUGGGAGGGAAGGUGGGAAUUUGCACAUCUCCAGCCUAACCAACAUAAAACCAACUUGUCCUCUCUACCAUGAAAUCCUAGGUCAGAAGCUCACGUUAUUAAGCCUGCAUCAACUGUGAUUCACCUUUAAAGCAAAUAAAGUCAUCUGUCCCCUGGCACACACCACUCCGUGCAUGAAAACGUUUUUCCCAUGAGCACCACUAUCAGCAGAGGUGGGAACCCAGCAGCAGCCCAAGGCCCUGCUGGGCUGAGCUGAGGGACACAGUUGGCUGAAACCUACUCACCCAGCGCAGUCCAUCCCUCUCUCAUUCCUGCCAGGGGCAGCAUCUGAAGGACCUGUUUCAUACUGGGUAUUUAAAACUGCCUGCCCGAGGGAGUCCAGAUAGGCUCAGUCCGAGUUUGAGGAAUAGCAAAACUCACACCAAGCAGUUGCGAGGGAUUUGAGGUGGGAGGUGAGUGCUGUCCCUGAGUAGGCCCCACUCAUACAGCUUUCCUGGAGGAGGCUGCUGUUGCCAGCAGGGACAUCUGCUUUAUUACACUCACCAGGGGAGGUUCAGCAUUCCUCCCCUCCGCUCCCCCUUCCACACAAGCUCAGCUCAGGCAAAGGAGGUUGAAUCCAAAUAGGAAAUGUGAAUUCGUUAAUAAUAAUAAUAAUAAUAACAAUAAUCUGAAGGAAGAAAGUAGAACUCGGGAGAAAAGAGAGCGGCAGACCUGCUGGCCAAGGCUACUCUUGGCUGCCUUGGAGCCUGCAGCACCCCGGGGUAAUGCAGGGCUGCCAGGUGGGCUCACUCUCCAAGCCGCCCUGUGGUGACUUGCGCACGACAUGGGAGCCCCCGUUCCCAGCCACGAGUCACGGAACUCUGGCUCUGACUUGAAGGCAGGGAAGCAAAGCGCUUCCUAUCAGGGAGUUUCCGAGGGGCUGCCUCAGCCUGGUGCGAGGGCUCCGUGCUGGCGGCUGGGCACAACACAUGUAGCUCCUCUGUCUCUCUGGCGAACUCGACAGCUGCUCGUAGCUCCAGUAAUUAGACUGUCAUUGCUUGUUAGAGGAUAGGAAAACGCUCCUAUGACAGAUUCCACGAGUCCUCUGUUUUUUAAGACCUCACAGAAAUCACCAGAGCAUUAAUUGAGAUCUCUUAUUUCUCUGGAAUCAGAAGGGAAGAAGUUCCCUCUGCUCCUUUGCACUCCAAUCAGAGCCCUCUCCUGCCUCCCAUGGAACGCGGUUAAUUCACUCUCAGAGCCUCGGGAGAAGUUGAAUGCCUUUCGUAUCUACCGGCAGGAAGAGAGAGCUUUCAGGCCGUGCGAACUUACUUUUAAAAUCUCCUCCUCGUUUUGCUAAAUUUAACUAAAAGGAGAUACACAGCCUUUUCUCCACUAACUGAGAAUUGAGAACUCCAUUAACUGAGCGGAGACUCGGACACUUCUUCCCAUCCGAGCUAAUGUUAAUUCGGGAGAUGCUCAGAAGGGGCUAUUCCCCGCCGCACAAAAGCACAGGAAGAUCACGCCGAGCUGCUCCUGCCCCCACCCAGCAGAUGAGACAGAGGAGG